GUGGAGCAAACGACAACACGACAGCCUUCAUCAUCAUCAUCAUCUUCUUUACCAUCAGCAGCACUGGAGUUAACACUGAGCGUUCGCGUCGUUCAAACGAGUGGGAACGCAUCGGCUAGAGUUGAGCAAACUUAUCUAGUGAGUGAAGUAAUGAGAGCAGAUACGCAACGCGACGCUCGGUGACGUCACAGAACGCUGGACACACGGAACGAUGACCGCGAAGAACAGAAGCAAGAACAGCUCAAACUCGAACUCCAGCGGCGUCGCGAGCCCGCAGCCUGACCAUGACGCGGCGAAGAAAACCCCGGGUAAAGUCGCGGUGAAAGCGGAGAACGCUCCGCUCGCGAGCCGCGGCUCCGGGUCCGACGCGCUGAUGAUGAUGAUAAAGUGUGUGUGCGCGUUGUUUUCCCUGGCGCUCGCGGCCGGAGUCGUGUUAGCGUCCGUGCACUUCCAGCGCGAGCUUUCGGAGAUCAAACACGCGAGCGUUAGGUACGAGGAGUCCGCGAUGAAAUGCGCCGCGGCGGCGCGCGAGGUGGAGAACGCGCUCACACAGAUCAGGUCCAUGCAGGCGUCCCUGGAGGGUGUGGAGAGCGCGGUGGCCAGUGCCAGAACUCAUCAGGAGAGCACCAGCCGCGCGCUGCAGAAGAGCGAGGCCGACGCCCGGCGCAUGGAGGAGGCGCUCCCGAAGUUCCAGACGCAGCUCCUGCGGGACCUAGCGGAGAGCAUCCGCGAGCUGAAGGAGGAGCGGGAGCGGGACAUGUCCUCGCUGGAGCAGCGCAUGAGCCGGAGCGCGGAGGAGAGCACAGCCGGGUUUAACCGCGAGAUCCUGGAGCUCAGAGCCCGUCUGGAGGAGGCGGAGGCGCCGGCGCUCCUCGCGCAGGAGUUAGCAUCCGUCAGCAGCGCCGUGGCUAACCUCAACACCGCUAGCGAGGUGUGCGCGGGGAACGUGGCGGUGCUGCGCGAGCAGAUCGUGUCGGUGGGCUCCGAGCUGCAGACGAGGAACGGGGAGGUGGCGUCGUUGUCGGAGGAGCUGGGCGCCGUGAGGACACUAGUGCAGAGCGCCGUGGGCAGCCUGCGCGAGGAGGUUAGCACAACGAAAGCCGGCAUCCAGGCCGCGAGCGACCGGCUCCAGGGCCUGAGCGAUCAGCAGAGCCAGGCCAGCGCCGAGACACAGAGUCUGAGGGAUGAGCUGAAGGAGGAGCUGGAGAAGCGGGAACACGAGCUGGAGGAGCGACUGAGGGCCGCGGAGGAGAGCCGAGACGCCGAGCUCAACGCCCUCGAAACCAGGCAGAAAACACACGAGGACUCGCUAGCCGGCUGCAGGACCACAGAGGAGGCGCUCAGUGCCCAUCUGGAGGAGAUGAGGAGCCGGCUAGGGGAGAUCAAGACCAGAGUAGCCGAUCUGGAGGAGCUCAAGACGAGAGUAGUCGAUUUAGCAGAGCUCAAGACCAAAGUAGCCGAUCUGGUAGAGCUCAAGACCAAAGUAGCCGAUCUGGAAGAGCUCAAUACCAGAGUAGCCGAUCUGGGAGAGCUCAAGACAGGAGUAGUCGAUUUAGCAGAGCUCAAGACUAAAGUAGCCGAUCUGGUAGAACUCAAGACCAAAGUAGCCGAUCUGGAGGAGCUCUAUACCAGAGUAGCCAAUCUGGAGGAGCAGAACCAGGAGCUGAUGAAGAACCGCUGAAUGAAUGAGCCUGAGAUCAGAUACCGAGAGCUAAGGGAUGAUCGGGUGGUAGAACUGUGGAAAACAAAGCUUUUUGUAGGAAUGAUGAAGGGGUGAACUGCUGUUUCUUCUAUCUAUAAAUACCUGCACUGUUUUUUUCACCAGCUCAGCUGUUUUUCACAGGGUUAUGCACGUCUCAGUGACGGUUCAGACUCUGAAUGUAUCAGGAUGAUAGUUGUUUUCCAAUAAAAUGUUUAUAAUCCUUCCAAA